AUGAUAUUUGCUGAUCUACCCCUACUUCGGGUGUUAGACUAUCAAGGAUUCAGAGAGGGUGUAUUCAUAUUUUCCCUGUUAUUGACUGCAGGAGCUGGCACCUUCAAGCCUGACGGGAAACUCAAUUUCCCGUAUGCUUCUCAUGAUAAGGACCUUGAAGUCGCCGAGGAAUACAUUCUCAACACUGCUGUCACAUCAUAUCACACUGCAUAUAUGUUUGGAUUUGGCUUCACGGAAAGCGAACCUUAUCCUAAUCACGCGAGUAGUUGCCUCAUCGAUGCCCGAGGCUCCAGAUCUCCGCGGCGGAAUCCCACCGUGUUGCCGCUGCCGCCGCCGCCGCCAAGCACGGUACAAAGCACGCGAAGACUCGUCGUCUCAAGAACACAUAUCCACCUCCCCUAA